AUGUCAUCAAACAAAAAGUGCACCAUACCAAUAGCGCGAGGUACACCACCCUCACGAACUGUGAGCUUCAGUGAACUGCGUGGUGGCAAGGAAGGGGUGCGUGUAUCGCUGAGUGUGGAAGAGCUCGCACUAUUGGAUGAAAUUCAACGUCGUGGACGAGUCAGUUCUUCCACCGGCGUGCGAACAGGAAAGAUUAGUGUUGCAGAAUUAAUGGGAUGUGGUGAUAAAAAUGCUGACAAGAAGAGACGAAAAAAAGAUCGAAGGAGCUCGGUAAUGACUAGUGAGUACACUAAUGACUUCCACAAUCGUGCACCAUCAAUGAUUGAAACAUCAAAUCACGGAAUAUCGGUCGAUCCCGCCACUCUUCUUGAUGUUGCAGGAUGGAAGAUUCCUCCACUACCACCAGGACUUGUCUCAAUAAGUAACUUCUUCAGCCAUUUGUUCAACAAGACAAUGACAGGAAAUAAAAUUGAUAAACAAUUGUAG